AUGACAAAUCCAACCAUGGUUGUUGUGCCAGGCGCAUGGCAAAAACCCAGCGUUUUUGAGAAUUUAUGCCAAAAGCUUCGUGAAGCUGGCUAUCCCACAGAGCAAAUCAUCCUUCCUUCCGUGGGCGGUCAUGAUUUGCCUCUGGCAGGGCUCGCAGAAGACGUCGCCGCCGUGCAGUCUGUACUUAAUCAGCUGACUCGAGACGGCAAGAGAGCAGUUCUCCUGGGCCACUCGUCUGGCGGCCUAAUCGCUAGCAAUGCGGCGGAGGGUUUUGACGUGGAUGGCAUCAUCUACAUGACGGCUUUCGUGGUCCCCAAAGGAAAGGCUCUGAUGGAACUCAUGGGCGGCAAGCCAUUACACUGGAUGGAUGUCCAAGGCGAUCGAGUAUUUGGCAAACCAGAGCUGCUCCCAGAAGUGGCUUUCAACGACCUGGAUGCCGAGGCCCAGGCGAAAUGGGCAAAGGAAAUGACACAUCAAUCCGCUGCCCUCUAUAUGUCCCCGAGCAAUUAUGAGCCGUGGACAAGUGGAUUGCCAUGUGGCUACAUCUUUUGUACCGAUGACAAUGCGGUGCCUCUGCCUCUGCAACAGCAAAUGGCCGCUCUCCUAGCCCCGGGCCCGGCGGUCGCCACGCUGAAGGCUGGUCAUUGCCCGCACUUGAGUAUGCCCGAUGAUGUUGUCCAGGCAGUCCAAGAUGUACAUUCAAAGCUGUCGAGGCAUUAA